GAGGGGGAGGGGGAGGGGGGGAAACGGUGCAAACGGCGUGGCCGCCAUCUUGUUUGUACCCCCGCUUCGCGCGCGCUCCGUUCUCCGUGACGCACGCUUCCCCCUCCCCUCCGCCGUGCCCAGGUCUCUGCAUUGCCCGACUCCGCAGGAGCGCGGGGGCGGCUUCUGCUCUUCCUUGGACUUCUAAGCAGAGGCGUGUGAGUGUGCGGGAGCAUCCGCGGGAGGAAGGGGGAGAGUUGUCAGAAUGUCCACAGAAGGAGGAUUUGGUGGUGCUAGCAGCAGUGAUGCCCAGCAAAGCCUACAGUCCUUCUGGCCUCGUGUCAUGGAAGAAAUCCGGAAUUUAACAGUGAAAGAUUUCCGAGUACAGGAACUCCCACUGGCUCGUAUUAAGAAGAUUAUGAAACUGGAUGAAGAUGUGAAGAUGAUCAGUGCAGAAGCCCCUGUGCUGUUUGCCAAGGCGGCCCAGAUUUUUAUCACUGAGUUGACUCUUCGAGCCUGGAUCCACACAGAGGAUAACAAGCGCCGGACUCUUCAGAGGAAUGAUAUCGCCAUGGCAAUUACAAAAUUUGAUCAGUUUGACUUUCUCAUCGAUAUUGUUCCAAGAGAUGAGCUGAAACCACCAAAGCGUCAGGAGGAGGUGCGCCAGUCUGUGACUCCUGCCGAGCCCGUCCAGUACUACUUCACGCUGGCUCAGCAGCCCACUGCCGUCCAGGUCCAGGGGCAGCAGCAAGGCCAGCAGACCACCAGCUCCACAACCACCAUCCAGCCCGGGCAGAUCAUCAUUGCACAGCCUCAGCAGGGCCAGACCACACCCGUGACCAUGCAGGUUGGAGAAGGUCAACAGGUGCAGAUUGUCCAGGCCCAGCCGCAAGGUCAAGCCCAGCAGGCCCAGAGUGGCACUGGACAGACCAUGCAGGUGAUGCAGCAGAUCAUUACGAACACAGGAGAGAUCCAGCAGAUCCCGGUGCAGCUGAAUGCCGGCCAGCUGCAGUAUAUUCGCUUAGCCCAGCCUGUAUCAGGCACCCAAGUUGUGCAGGGACAGAUCCAGACGCUUGCCACCAAUGCUCAACAGAUCACACAGACAGAGGUCCAGCAAGGACAGCAGCAGUUCAGCCAGUUCACGGACGGACAGAGGAACAGCGUGCAGCAAGCUCGAGGCUCUGAGCUAACGGGAGAGGCAGAGCCCAGAGAAGUGAAAGCCACAGGAAAUGCAACUCCCUGCACCUCUUCCCCGCCCACCACACAUACCCCCUCACACCGGGCUGGUGCCUCCUGUGUCUGCUGCUCCCAACCGCAGCAGAGCUCCACUUCCCCUCCUCCCUCUGACGCCUUGCAGUGGGUGGUGGUUGAGGUAUCUGGGGCCCCCAACCAACUCGAGGCCCAUAGGGAGCUGCAUGCCCCUCUCCCAGGGGUGACCUCACUCUCUCCUCUCCACCCCUCGCAGCAGCUCUACCAGAUCCAGCAAGUCACCAUGCCUGCCGGCCAGGAUCUCGCCCAACCCAUGUUCAUCCAGUCAGCCAACCAGCCCUCCGACGGGCAGGCCCCCCAGGUGACCGGCGACUGAGGGCCUGAGCUGGCAAGGCCAAGGACACCCAACACAAUUUUUGCCAUACAGCCCCGGGCAAUGGGCACAGCCUCCCUCCCCAGAGGACCCUGCCGACCUCAGCGCCUCCUGCAGGCUAGGACACUGGUGCACUACGCCCGACGCCUGGGGGCCGAGAUUCUCCAACAGAAAGAUGCAAUAUUUUUUAUUUCCUUUUUCCCAUUUUUUUCUCCACGGAAUCAAUAUUUCAAUAUGUUGAGCUGUGUGUCCAAUGCUAUGAAAUGAAAAUAUUAAAUAACAUAUUUAUGGCAUUUUCUUGAA